AUGACAUCCACACCUCAUAAUACUUAUGAUUUCAUAAUCGUAGGAGCUGGUCCAGCAGGACUCUCCCUAGCAGCUCGUCUCUCAUCAACUCCAUCUCACCCAUCUGUUCUCCUCAUCGAAGCCGGCGGUCCAAACAACGAUCAAGAAUACCUUAUCCCAGGCGAAAGAUUUACAUUGUUCGGUUCACAACCUUCUUUAAAUUGGGGAUACAAAACAGAACCAUGUGAACAUCUAAGUGGACAACAAAUUGAUUAUUCCAGAGGAAAAGGAAUUGGUGGUGGUACCGCUAUAAAUUUCUCCUGUUGGGUCAUUGGCGGCGCCGAAGAUUUCGAUGCCUGGGCUGAGAAAGUCGAUGAUGAUACUUGGUCUUGGCCUAAUGUUAAGGACAGGUUAAAAAAGAUUGAACAUUAUCAUGACGAGAUUCCAGAUCAGUAUCGAGAAUUCGUGAAUCCAAAACCAGAAGAUCACGGCACGAGUGGUCCACUUCAUCUCUCUUAUGCUCCAGUGUGGGAAAGGGGUCUUACGGAUGUUUACAUAGCGGCGAAACAGGCUGGUUUACCGUUAAAUGCUGAUAUUAAUUCUGGGAAUCCGAUUGGAAUGGGAAUGGGUUCUUCAUGUAUGCAUGAUGGACUGAGAACAACGGCCUCUUCAUAUUUGCCAUUGAUGGGCCCGCGUUUUGAAACAAUCCUAAAUGCCCCUGUCGCGAAAGUCCUAUUUGACGGAAAGAGAGCAAAUGGUAUUAGGACAAUCGAUGGAAGAGAAUACUAUGCACGAAAAGACGUUAUUUUAUCAGCUGGUGCACUGAACAGUCCCCAACUUCUCAUGCUAUCAGGAAUUGGCCCGGCUUCCGAACUUCGAAAUCAUAAUAUUCCUAUCAUCAAAGAUCUCCCACAAGUAGGAAAGAAUCUCCAAGAUCAUUGUUUUUCAACCACGACUCUUUUACUCAAAGAGGGAUCAAAUGAUCGCAUGGAAUUCGAGAUGAAUGAAGAGAUGAAGAAAAAUGCAAAGGAAGCUUGGAUGAAAGAUAAGAGUGGAAAGUUGGCGGAACUUUACUGUGGUGUUCCGAUGGGGUGGUUUAAAAACGAUAGAGUGUUGGAGUCAAAAGAAUUUGCGGAUCUACCGGAUGAUAAGAAGGCAUUCAUGAGGAAGAAAAAUGUUCCGACUUUUGAAAUUGCUACUGUUUGUUCUCCGAUCUUACCUACAUCCCCUGACCUUCCCUAA